AAUAGAAAUCUUUUCCCCACUGAACUUCCAAAAAUCUUCUCAGCAGUUUCUUUGUGUGAUCGCUUCAUCUAAAGUUUAUAUAUUUGUGCUGCUCUGAGCUCUAAAUCAUAUCAAUUCUCAACAACCUCAGCUUCCAAAGUCGUAUCAUUUCCAUUCAAAAAAAAUGGUGUCAAACAAUGAUCAAAAUCAUCAAACCACAAUUCCUCAAACUAAUCCUGAAAUACCCAUAUUUCUUCCAGCCAUAGCUUACUUCUACCUCAUAUUCAACAGCGUCUCCACAAUCUACCAGGCCUACACUCACGGUGACUUUUCCUUGGCAGUUUUCAUAGUUUUUGUUUACGUCGGUUAUUUCAGUCUCAUGUAUUGCUUGACGCAGUUCCAAGCUUUACCACCUCAGGAAAAUUCACCAAGGAAAGAUUUACUGAAAUCUGUCAUCUGGGUUUUAACUAGUUUUAUCUUAUUUGGCUUUGCUUAUCAAUUCUACACCUUUAUCCACCCUGUUGCAGCAAUUUUUGUCUUUGCUAUUGCAAUUUCUGUCAGCUCUUUCCUCUUUUUCUUAUAUUUUUUCCAUGAUGGCCAUCAGCAACAGCCAAAAAAACCAAGUGAUGGCUCUUGCUGCAGACUUAGAAUCAGAGUACUUCGAAAUUCUUCACCGAGUAGCAAUGUGAUGAGUGAGAGUAAAAUGAGGGAAGUUGUGCCUGGUCCAGAAAAUGUCUAAUUCCUGGAAAAUAGUGUCUCUAGAAACUAGAGUUCAGACCGUCAAACUGUCUGAGUAGCAUCCCCUUGUAAUGGAGGUCAUCUAAGUUUUAUGUUUCUAAUACAAUUUUAUUUAAUUUAUUUUCUGAAGUAUUCAGAGUUUGUACCUUGUUAUCAAUCAUUCAAUUUAAAAGUUUUCAGAAAGUUAUACUUCAAAUUAAACAACUAUCAAUUGCUAUAAAUUUGUUGCUCUUUAUUAUAGUUAAAAAACAAGUUAUUAGGGCCAUGAACAAGACAAAUGUUUCUCAAGAAAAACAAACAAAAACCAAAAGUUGAGAGUUGCACAAUACUCGGGGCACUUGUUAAUUUCUAUAUUGUGAUGAGGGAAUGAGAGUUUCAAGACCAGUAAAGUAGUAACUAGCAAACUCUGAAUAUCCACUUAUCUCCAUCAGUAUUUCUUGGUUGUGAUUAAUAGUAGCAGCCUCAUUUUCCUACUCAUUAACAAAAGAUAAACAUCAUUCAUGCAUCUAAUCAAGAAUAAAACAAGUGUCAUUCAUGGAUUUCUCUGUUGUCCAUUGCAAUUCUCAAAACACUGGCAUUACAAAUUACAAUGAAUAGCAAAUGAGAGAUUGGGGACGUCAAAAGUCAAGUCAUUUAAUAGAUUGUUUUUGUUGCUCAUAAAUAGGUAGAAGAAACUAGUCCCUUUUUGCCAUGAUAGCUCUAAUCAGUCUAGACAAAUGUCUAGUUUCGAUUUUUCUUUCUUCUGUGGCGCUCUGGCCUUCCUUUAGCUGUUAUUCUGUUUGUUUCCAACUUUAUUUGAUCUCCAUUUCUCUAGUGAGACAUGAAGUAGAGUCAGAGGACCCAAGAAUGGAAUGCAAGGAUGUCAGAUAGCUAUGAAAUAUACUGUAUAUAUUGUAAUGAUCUUUACUUGUUAUGGCUGAAUAAAAGAACUUGGGUUUUCAUCUAGUUAUUAUUUUUUUUAUAUAUAUUUACCAUUCCGUAUUUCAGAGGCUAAAAUUAUUUCACUGGCUGUU